UUAGGGAAGUGGUGGUCGGUGACACAUUGACACAGUAAGAAUUCAUCCCCAUCCAUCUGUCCAACCGUAUAUGUAGCUCAACGAGCAGUACCGCAAGAGUUUUCGUCGCAAUGGAUUUCAUCGAACACGACCUUAAAUCUCUUCUUACUGCUAUGCCUUCGCCAUUUUUGCAUUCCGAAAUCAAGACUCUGAUGCUACAACUACUUUCCGCCGUUUAUCACUGCCACUCUUGUUGGAUCCUCCACCGAGAUCUAAAAACCAGUAAUAUAUUAAUGAACAACCGCGGUAUAAUCAAGGUAGCAGAUUUUGGACUUGCUAGGAGGUACGGUGAUCCUGUCGGUGUAGGUGGUAUGACGCAAUUAGUAGUCACGCUUUGGUACCGCGCCCCCGAAAUCCUUUUGGGGGCCAGUACAUAUUCUACCGCUGUUGACAUAUGGUCUGUUGGGUGUAUCUUUGCCGAAUUGCUUUUGAAAGAGCCAUUAUUUCAAGCCAAAACCGAGAUUGAACUUUUAGGUAUGAUACAAGAGCUGUUGGGACCUUCUACCAACUCUCUGCUGUCAGAGAGUUCCCUAUCAUCCCCGGGCAGAAGCAUGAACUUUUCCUCUUCUCAUCCUCGUCGAUUACAGCAAAGACUGGAUCAUUUGGCAGGCUCAGCAACUGACCUUAUCAGGUCGUUGCUCACGUACAAUCCGAGGAAGAGAGUUCGCGCCGACGAAGCGUUGGAACAUCCCUAUUUCAAUGAAUCUCCAUUGCCAAAACAUCCUGACCUAUUCGGGUCGUUUCCAUCCGCCGCAGCGGGCGAAAAGCGGAGAAAGCCCUUCUAUAGUCCCGUUGCGCCCACUCGAGCUGCAGACUACAGAUUAUUAGAUUAAUACUUAAAAAUACGUGAAUGUCGACAAAAUAUACAGUUGCAGACAGACAAACUCAACAAAACAACAGAUUGAAUUAGCACUCAUUACUAUUGUUGGACAAUAGGUGCAAUUGGUCUGGGGAGAAGUUGAA